AUGGUGGAAAAUAACACGAAAAGGGCAUUUCAGGAGUGUUUUUUUGAUACACCGGGGCUUAUGUUGAAUUGUGGUGGAUUUCCCUAUAGGGAUGUCAAGGCUCGUGUUGAAAGUGCCUGGGGUUCAAUAGUCUAUGAUGUGCUCAUAGUCAUUUUUGAUGUCCAUAGACAUAUUACCAAGCCUGAUUCAAGAGUGAUAAAAUUAAUCAAACGUAUGGGUGCUCGAGUGGUUCCAAAUCAAAGGCGAGUUUUGUGUAUGAACAAGAUUGAUUUAGUAGAGAAAAAGAAAGACUUGUUAAAGGUUGCUGAAGAAUUCAAAGAUCUUGCUGGAUAUGAAAGGCAUUUCAUGAUAUCAGGACUGAAGGGGGCUGGAGUGAAAGAUCUGACUCAGUACUUGAUGGAGCAGGCAGUUCAACGACCCUGGGAAGAAGAUCCAUUCACCAUGAGUGAGGAAGUUAUGAAGAUUAUAGCAUUAGAAGUUGUGUGCGAAAGGUUAUUGGACUACGUGCAUCAGGAAAUUCCAUAUGAUAUUGAACAUAGGUUGAUUGACUGGAAAGAGUUACGGGAUGGUUCUCUUAGGAUUGAGCAACACUUAGUCACUAACAAACUUAGCCAACGCAAGAUUCUUGUAGGGAAGAAUGGCUCAAAAAUUGGGAGAAUAGGAAUUGAAGCCAACGAAGAGCUAAGGUCUAUUUUCAAAAAGCAAGUGCAUCUAAUUCUCCAGGUGAGGCUUAAACAAUGAAUCAGGCAAAUAGAUUUGAUGUUGAGAGUGUACUUUCCUUGCCACGCCGCGCUAUGAAAUG